GGAUGGAGGAUGCGGGGAGAGGGGAAGGAGGAUGCGGGCUCCAGGGAUGGAGGAUGAGAGCGGCAGGGAUGGAGGAUGCAGGUAGCGGGAAUGGAAGCUGCGGAUACCGACAUCCUCCAUCCCCGGUGCCCCGGAGGAUGCGGGUACCAGGGCUGAAGGAUGCGGGUACCAGGGAUAAAGGAUGGGAGCAGCGGGGAUGGAGGAUGCGGGUACCGGGGAUGGAGAUGGGAGCAUGCCGGGACUCCCCCUCCCUGUGUGCACCCCCGAGCUGAGGGGACGCGCCCCCCCACCCCACUCCGCCUCCGCCCGUGCUGCUUUCCCCCUCCCUGGGGGAAGAGGGGACAUUUGGGGCCAAGCAACCGAAGGAAAGUGGCCCCCGGACUCCUCUUGUGCCACGGAAAAGCCCUGAGGGAAGAGAAAGAGGAGGAGGAGGAGGGGGAGGAAAUAAGGAAAGGAGAAGGGGAAAAAAAAGGACAAGGAAGAGCUUGGACUGGAGCCAAGGAGGUUCUGGAUCGCGACGGAGGGGACCCUGGUCUCCCCAGGACACCUGUGCCCAGCUGGGAGACCCCCCCACCACCACCCCCCAGCGUUGGAGCUGCAGACCCCGGAGCGAGGGCCCGACGUGGGGAGAAGCGUCGCUCCCCGGGGACACUCAGCUCUGCAUUCCCCUCCCCGGCUUCGGGGAGCAGGCAAGGCGUGAGCCGCUGGAUUUUAGUUUCCUGGGACAUCCAAGGGACUCUUCCUCCUUCUCCUCCUCCUCCUCGUCCUCUGCUCACCCCAUGGCCACCUCACACCUCCCCGCCGUCACCGGCUGAGUCCCCUCCGCAGCAUCCCUGACUCUGCAUGCUGCAUCCCGACCCCGCUCCCCGCUCCGAACCAGAGCCCCCCGACCUCGCAGGGAGGCGAGCGUGCGGCUGGGACUUCCUUGGAGGCAGGGGAACGUUAAGAUGUUGAAAGCUCCCCGGCCGAGAGGGGCUGCGCGGACGCCAGGCCACCCGGCUAGGGGGGAGCAGGAUGGACAGAGCCGUUGGGGCCGGGCACCGAGGCUGGUAGGGAAGGAUGGACUCCCGGACCUGCCAGGACAGGCAGCCCAGUGACCACCCCAGCAGCAGCAGCAGCAAUUGUAGCAGCAGCAAGAGUAAUUGUGAACGGGAAAGGAUCCGGAGCCGGAUGAAAAUGGUGAUCGGGCAACUGGAAGGCAUCUUACAGGAGCUCAAGGAGGUGGCCAAGGAGCUCCGGGAGGUGGUGAGCCAGAUCGACCGCCUGACGUCCGACUUCGAGUUCGACCUGGAGCCGGACGACUGGACGACGGCGACGGCCAGCAGCACCUCCAGCAGCGACAAGGGCGGAGGCACCUUCGAGCUGGGACCCCUCGAUUUCGCCGCCUCCGACAUCCUCUCCGACAGCUGGGAAUUCUGCUCCUUCCUGGAUGCUUCCACCCCCUCCGACCCGGGCGAUGGUCCCGAGCCCCCCCGGCCGCAGCCGCAGCCCCCGCCCGCUCGCCAGCCCGACUACCGGCUGAUGAACGGGGGGCUGCCCAUCCCCAACGGGCCCCGGGGCGGGGGCACCCCGGAUUCGUCCAGCGAGGAAGCCUUCGGCACGACAUCCAGCCUGAAGCUGUCGCAGCACCGCCCGGCCGGGACGCGGGAGCGGGUCCGCUUCAGCGACAAGGUGCUGUACCACGCGCUGUGCUGCGACGAUGACCGGGACGGUGACAGCACGGCGUCCCCAGGGGACGAGGGGCCCGAGGAGCCCGGCAGGAAGGUGCCGGUGGGGCCCUCGAAGCACCCGAACGCCGGCGGCGGCGCGGCCCCGGGCCGGCGGCUGAUGAGGAACAGCAGCACCCAGACCGUGGCCGACAAAAGCACCCAGACGGUGCUGCCUUAUAUCCCGGCCAAGCAGAGGAUUAAAAACAAAAACUGACACACCGGAUCCGCCGCACGGAUUUGGGGAGGGUGGGUGGAUGGGGGGGGAGACUCCUGG